AUGCUGUGUACCAAAUGCUACCAAAAAAUACCAGAAGGAGAGGAGGUAGUUAAAAGCGGCAGCAAUUAUUUCAGAGCAAGUUGGCAUUCUGGAUAUGGCACUGAAAUUUACUGCAAAAAAUGUGCUAAAAAGAAAGAUAGGUUUGAUAGAAUGUUUUUGGCUAUCUUUUUCUCAGUUUGGGGAAUAAUGAUGUUAACAGGCCUACUUGUCUUAAUCUUUUGUCGAAGGAAUAAUACUCUUAGUAGGAGAGAAAGGAGUAGACAACAAGAACAAGAAAUAGUUGAGGAAAGUUAUGGAUCGAUGCAUUGUCAAACACAAAUUCAAAACCAACUACCUAAAAAGGUUCAUGAAUUAUUUAUUGAAACCAUAGCAUGGUUAGAAAAAUAUAUUGAAAUUACCUACAAAAACGAUUUCCCAGAUUGGGAAAGUCGAAAGCAAAUUCAUGAUAAUCCUAUUAAAAGAAAUGAUAUUUAUGGACACCCCGAAAAAAUUGAAGAAGUACUUUCAAAAAAAUUAAGGUAUUUUCUGUUUGAAAUUGGUGAAAUAUUAGAAGGAGGCAGACAAAAGUUAAGAAGGAAUACAACAAUUAAUUCUGAUUCUCCUGAAUAUGUUGAACAACUAAGUAGAGUUUUUGCUGCUAUACAAGUUCCGUUAGACAGUGAAAGAAAUGAUUUUCAAGGAGGAAAGUUAAACCUUAAUGGAAAUCCAAUUUAUCGAGAUACUCUAUUUAACAAUGAAGAAAUAGAAGAGAUUAAUAAAGCCUUGAAUAUUUCUAGGAAUUGCUUAACUAAAGGCAAAAUUACCGAUGAAGAAAUAAACAAAUUAUGUGAGUUUGAAUUAAACGACAAAUAUACUUUAAAACAGUUGAAAGAAGUACUGGAAGAAGAUGCACAUGUUAAUGAAUCCCCUAUAAUUUCUAAUUUCACAACGGAAUACACUGAUUUUCUAAAAACAAUCCGUGAUAAUCUUUCAAAUUCUUUAAAAAGAAUAAGACCGAAGUUAGCCCUAAUUAUAAAGGAAGAAGUAGAAGCAGCAGUUUCAGCACAUCGAAAUAGAGAUGAAGCAAGAGAAAGGGCAGAGACUAUAAGAAAAGAAAUGAAUGGGGAAAAUCCAACUUUAUGUAUCGCUCCUUCUUUACAAGUAUUUUACAAUAACAGUGACUAUCUUUUCGUAAAUAUAAUUAAAGUUGAUUUACCUAUGAAUAAGGAUGUAGUCAAAAAUCCAAAUAAAUAUUUACUACCUCUUGACAUUAUUGAACGUGGCGGUGGUGGUAGUUCAAGCAUUUGUCAUAUUUAUGCUGAUGGUCCAUCCAGUUCUGGUUCUUCUUCGGUUAGUUCUUCUUCGAGUGGAACUACUCUAAGUGGUUCUGGCAGUGGAAGUGCAACAUUGUCUUCUGCUUCUGCCUCAGAAAAGGAAAAAGCAAAGGUCAGAAUCGAUGACUGGGAAACUUUUUUAACUGACAGCCCAAAAGAAUUAAUUAGGUAUCGCAUAACUGUUCCAUUCAAAAAAUACGAAAAAGAAAUUGAACAAAUAGCCAAGGCAGUGGUGGCUGAAUUUGGCAAGGGUAAUUACCAUUUAAUAGACAGAAACUGUGAACACUUUGCUUUUGCUAUUUCUUGUGGAGUUAAUUUCUCUGAACAAGAACAAUUAAACAGGGAUAAAUGA